AUGAACAAAACUCACCCCCAGAGAAAUGGCGAUGUGGCCGCUUUUGAUUCAGCAAAGUCCUUCUCUGAAGAAAGAGACCGCUGCCAUCCACGCAGUUGCACAUGGAGAUGUGUCUGCAUCUCUGCCAUGGCACUGCUUGUCCUUGUGGCCACCGUGGGCUUGGCGGUGGUGCUGGGGCUCCUGUCACACACGCCAGUGAACCGCUUCUGCGCAGCCUCCAAUAACCGCACAGGCUUCUUGUGCGAUGACAAAGUGACCUGUGUCCCUGCCAGCCAGGUCUGCAACACAGUCAGCAACUGCAGGAGUGGAGAGGACGAGCGGGAGGAACUCUGUGGUGACUUGCCCCGCAGCCUUCCGGGACACCUGGUUUUCCGCUGCAGUAACCCCGCAUACUGGGUCUACGCCGAUCAGAGGUGUAAUGGGAUGAACGACUGCGGAGACUGCUCUGAUGAGACAGGGAGCUUGGCUGCCUGCCCCCCAUGUGGGUCAGAAUGGUGGAACUGCAGCCCUGUGCUCUACGAGUACUGCUCCUGCAUCCCCAGGAGGCUGUGCCAGGACGGCAUCCAGCACUGCCACAGCUGGUCCGACGAGUAUAUCUGCAGACCGUGA